AUGGGAGAGCCUUUCCUAAGCCUAGGAGCAUAUGGAUCCAUUGCCAGGAGAAACACAAGGCUUGGAUGCCCAAUACCCACUGAACAGCCUCAGUGUGCUAGGAGGACAAAGGGUGCCAGGGUAUGGCUGCAGGAGCAGGACCAGCUGCAGCCAUGCACUGUUGGCUUGUGUGCCAAUGGAAAUGUUCUCUUCACCUCAGAUUAUGGCAUGGUGUUCCAGUACCCCAAAGCCACCCUGUCCAGAGAAAAGGUCUUACCCAUGCACCAGACCAGCAUUGAUGGGGUGGAAGACAUGUCCAUGCUGGGAGAUCUGCAUGAAGCUGCCAUCCUGCUUAACCUUCACCAGCGCUACCAGCAGGGUAACAUCUAUACAAACAUUGGCUCCAUCCUGGCAUCAGUAAAUCCCUACAGAGCCAUCCCUGGUCUGUACGGUGUGGAUGCCAUGGAGCUGUACAGACAGCACCGCCUGGGUGAGCUGCCUCCCCACAUCUUCGCCACCGCUAACGAGUGCUACUGCUGCUUGUGGAAGCGUCAUGACAGCCAGUGUGUUCUCAUCAGUGGAGAAAGUGGAGCCGGAAAGACUGAGAGCACCAAGUUGCUCCUGAAAUUCCUGUCAUCCAUGAGCCAGACCUCCCUUGGGGCCCCUGUGUCUGAGAAGAGCACUCAUGUGGAAGAAGCCAUCCUGGAAAGCAGCCCCAUUCUGGAGGCCUUUGGAAAUGCCAAGACAGUUUAUAACAACAACUCCAGCCGCUUUGGCAAGUUCAUCCAGCUGCACUUCUCUCAACAUGGGCACAUCCAGGGAGGCCGAGUCACUGAUUAUUUACUGGAAAAGAACAGGGUGGUACAUCAGAACCCUGGGGAGCGGAAUUACCACAUCUUUUAUGCUCUGCUAGCUGGUGUGAGCGGGGAGGAGAAAGAGAGCCUCUCCCUGUGUGAGCCAGAGACUUAUCGCUACUUGAACCAGUCUGGCUGUGUGACUGAUGAGAACCUGAAUGAUGUAGAGAUGUUCAGGAAGGUCAUGACUGCCAUGAAGGUGGUGGACUUCAGCACUGAAGAAAUCAGAGACAUCUUCAAACUUCUUUCUGGCACACUUCAUUUGGGAAAUGUUGAAUUCAUGACAGCUGGUGGGGCCCAGAUUACAACAAAAGCAGUUCUGAAUGUUGCCAGUGACCUCCUGGGCUUGGACGCCUUUCAGCUCUCUGAAGUGCUGACACAGAGGUCCAUGAUUCUGCGUGGGGAAGAGAUCAGCUCCCCUCUCACUGUGGAGCAGGCAGCUGACUCCAGGGACUCCCUCUCUAUGGCACUCUAUUCCCAGUGUUUUUCAUGGCUCAUUAGCAAGAUUAAUACAAAGAUCAAAGGCAAGGAAAACUUUAAGUCUGUGGGCAUCCUGGAUAUCUUUGGCUUCGAGAACUUUCAGGUGAAUCGUUUUGAGCAGUUUAACAUUAACUAUGCAAAUGAGAAACUCCAGGAAUAUUUCAACAAACACAUCUUCUCCUUGGAGCAGCUGGAGUACAACAGGGAAGGGAUAAGCUGGGAAGCCAUUGACUGGAUGGAUAAUGCAGAGUGCCUGGACCUUAUUGAGAAGAAACUAGGUCUACUGGCUUUGGUGAAUGAAGAGAGUCGAUUCCCCAAAGGCACAGACAACACCCUUCUGGAAAAACUUCACAGCCAGCAUAUGAGCAACCCCUACUAUGUGAAGCCUCGGGUGACAGACCAUCAGUUUGGCAUAAGACAUUACGCAGGGGAGGUGCUGUAUGAUGUGAGAGGCUUUCUGGAGAAGAACAGAGACACCUUUCGUGAUGACAUUUUAAACAUGUUGAAAGACAGCAGGCUGGACUUCAUCUAUGACCUUUUUGAAAGGGUCUGCAGUCGUUGCAGUGAAGAGACACUGAAGAUGGGCACCCAGAGGCGCAGACCGACUGUCAGUUCCCAGUUCAGGGAUUCUCUCCAUUCCCUGAUGGCCACGCUCAGUACUUCCAACCCAUUUUUCAUCCGCUGCAUCAAACCAAAUACAGAAAAGGCGCCGAACCUCUUCAAUCCAGAUGUGGUGCUGAAUCAGCUCCGCUACUCAGGGAUGCUGGAGACAGUGAAGGUUCGGAGAGCGGGUUUCCCUGUACGGCGCCUUUUCCAGGACUUCCUCAGCAGGUACAAGAUGCUUGUGAAGGGGCCAAGCCUCUCAGACAACAGCAAAGCUGUAUGUGCAGGUUUUCUUCAGACCUAUGACAGCAGCAAGAAAGAAUGGCAGCUGGGUAAAACCAAGGUUUUCCUGAAGGAAGCUCUUGAGCAGAAGCUGGAGAAGGAUCGGGAAGAGGAGUUGAGGAAAGCAGCUAUAGUCAUCCGGGCCCACGUCUUGGGCUACAUGGCAAGGAAGAAGUAUCAGAAGGUGCUAUCCAGUGUUGUAAUAAUCCAAAAGAACUACCGAGCAUACUUCUGGAAGAAGAGCCUGCAGCGCCUGAAGGCCUCUGCGGUGACCCUGCAGAAGCACUGGCGUGGCCGCCUGGCUCGCAGCCUCUACCAGCACCUGCUGCAGCAGGAGCUGCGGCGCCGGCAGGAAGCCGAGGAGAGGAGGAGGCAGGAGGAGGAAGAGCAGAUCAGAAGAGAGGAAGAGGAAAGACAAUGGCAAGAAGAGGAGGAGCGUAGGAGGAAACAGGAAGAGGAAGAGGUGAAGGAAAGAGAAAAGGAGCAACUGAAUGCGCUAUUGCAGGUGGCCCAGGUGGAAACAGUAAACACUGAGGAGGUGGAUAUUCCCCUGCAAGAAGAAGAGAGACGUCAGAUGGAGGAGAUCUUAAGACUGGAGAAGGAGAUUGAAAAGUUGCAGCAACAGAAAGAGGAUCACAUGUCUGUCAUCUCUGAAGACACCAGGAAUGAAAUCUGUCGGCAGCGAGAAGAAGAGAUACAGAGGUUGGAAAAAGAGGCAUCAAGGGUUGCCCAGGAAUUCUUGGAGCUGCUGGAUUUUGGCAAUCUGGAUGAAAGUGUGCAGAACUUAGAGCGCUCACUUUCUAGUGAGGGGACACUCAACAUUGACUGCAGCCUGGUGGCACCUCUGGCUGAAGAAGAGGUGGAUGAGGGUUUUCAUGCCGAUGAUGAAGGACGCCCAACUUCCAGUUUGGUGGUCUCAAAUCAGCAUGGCACGAGAAAUAGUGGUAACUACUCAAAGGAAGUUGCAAACACAAGCCUUUUGCUUCUCCAGAGGGAAAUGGGAGAGGUUGCCCCUGCUCCAGGGCUGCCUGUGGAAAGAACCACUAGUCCCAAGGAGCAGAGAGCCCUGUCUGACCCAGCAGAAAGCGUUUACAGCAGUGUCUCUGAUACACAGAGGAGUAACAGUGGAGAGGCAGGAGAGCCCAUUUACACCUCCCCCCCUGAUGUGGAGUCUGACUAUGACCAUGAGGAGUUUGAUGGCUAUGGAGAUGCAGGUAACGCCUCAGCUGAGCCUCUGAAUGAUGAGGAGGGUCUGAGGCACUCCCAUGGUACCAGCCUGGACUCCAACCGUGGCAGCCUGGACUCGUUUCUGGAGAGUGAGGAGGAAGUGGAUGUUUACAUUGAUACAGAUGAAGAGUUUUGUAAUGGACGAAUCACUAUCUUCAAUGGUUCAGGUCCGCCCUAUUUUCACAGUUACCUCUACAUGAAAGGAGGUCUCAUGAACCCAUGGCGGCGGCGCUGGUGUGUCCUGAAGAACGAGGCCUUCAUGUGGUUCCGCACCAAGCAGGAGGCCCUCAAGUCAGGCUGGCUCUACAAAAAAGGCGGAGGAAUGUCAACCCUGUCACGCCGCAACUGGAAACGCCGCUGGUUUGUGCUUCGGGAGUCCAAGCUGAUGUACUUCGAGAAUGAUAGUGAGGAGAAGCUGAAGGGGACUAUUGAUAUCAGAAGGGCAAAAGAGAUUGUGGAUAUUCAUGAAAAGGAGAAUGCCUUGGACAUUGUGACAGAAGACCGAGUUUACCACAUUGUUGCAGAGUCACCAGAAGAUGCCAGCGGUUGGUUUAAUGUUCUGAGCCGAGUGCACAGCGCUACAGCACAGCAGCUGAGGGAAAUGCAGGAUGAGCAGGCCAAUCCAAAGAAUGCUGUGGGAACCCUGGAUGUUGGGCUUAUUGACUCUGUCUGUGCUUCAGACAAUCCUGAUAGACCGAAUUCUUUUGUGAUCAUCACGGCCAAUCGUGUGAUUCACUGCAACAGCGACACUCCUGAGGAAAUGCAUCACUGGAUCUCCCUGCUGCAGAAACCCAAAGGCGAAUCCAAGGUGGAUGGCCAGGAGUUCCUUGUGAGAGGCUGGCUUCAUAAGGAGGUUCAGAGCAGCAACAAGAUGUCCUCCCUGAAGAUGAAGAAGCGCUGGUUUGUCCUGACCAACACUGCCCUUGACUACUACAAGUCCUCUGAGCGCACAGCGGCCAAGCUCGGGACGCUUGUGCUCAACAGCCUCUGCUCUGUGGUGCAGCCCGAUGAGAGGGUCUUCAAAGACACAGGCUACUGGAACAUCAUCGUGCAUGGGAGGAAGCACUCCUACAGACUGUACACCAAGCUGCUGAACGAAGCCAUGCGCUGGGCCUCUGCCAUCCAGGGGGUCAUCGACACCAAAGUGCCCAUAGAAACACCCACACAGCAGCUCAUUCGUGACAUCAGGGAAAACAGCACAAACUUUGAAGUAGUGGAACAGACGUAUAGGAGGAACCCAAUCUUGAGAUACACACAGCACCCCUUGCAUUCCCCACUGCUCCCAUUACCCUAUGGGGAUGUCAGUGUCAACUUGCAACAAGAGAAGGGUUACAGCAGCUUACAGGAUGAAGCAGUGAAGAUCUUUAACUCCCUUCAGGAAAUCGAGACAGUGUCUGACCCCAUACCCAUUAUCCAAGGCAUCCUGCAGACCUGCCAUGAUUUGAAGCCCCUCCGUGAUGAAGUGUACUGUCAGCUCAUCAAGCAAACCAACCACAUGCCACAUCCCAACAGUGCUGGCAACCUGCACCACUGGCAGCUGAUGACCUGUAUGAGCUGCACUUUCCUGCCCAGCAGAGGGAUCCUGCGCUACCUCAAGUUCCACCUCCGAAGGGUAAAAGAUCUCUUUCCAGACACAGAAAUAGAUAGGUAUGCACAGUUCAUAAGUGAUUCCCUGAAGAGAACAAAGACAAGGGAGUUUGUGCCCUCCCAGGAGGAAAUACAGGCUCUUCUUACCCGUGAGGAAAUGACCACGACAGUGUAUUGCCAUGGUGGUGGCUCCUGCAAAAUAACCAUCAACUCCCACACCAGCGCUGGGGAGGUGGUUGAGAAGCUGAUCCGAGGCCUGGCGAUGGAGGACAGCCGGAAUAUGUUCGCGCUCUUUGAACACAACCAGCAGGUUGACCGUGCUGUGGAGAGUCGGGUGAUUGUGGCUGAUAUCUUGGCCAAGUUUGAGAGACUUGCUGGCUCUGAAGAAGAAGAGGAGGAAGGACAGUGGCAACUGUAUUUUAAGCUUUAUUGCUUCUUGGAUAUUGAGAAUGUUCCCAAAGAUGGUGUGGAAUUUGCCUUCAUGUUUGAGCAGGCUCACGAAAGCCUCAUAGCCGGUCACUUUCCUGGGCCAGAGGACACUCUGCAGCGUCUGGCAGCUCUGCGGCUGCAGUACCUUCAUGGAGAUUAUUCCAAAAUAAGCUGGACCCUUGAUGGAAUCUACCCAGUUAACAGGCUGAAAUCCAAAAUACUGCACUCAACAAAGAGCAGCAGCAGUACCAGUCACACUCUGGAGAGGAGACGGACCAGCUUCCUUGAAGGGACAUUGAAGCGUAGCUUCAAGACAGGGUCUGUAAAGAAGCAGAAGGUAGAAGAGGAGCAGAUGAUGGAGAUGUGGGUAAAAGAAGAGCUUUCAGCUGCUCGGGCAAGCAUAGCUCAAAAAUGGACCAAGCUGCAGGGGCUCUCUCAGCAUCAGGCCAUGGUGAAAUACAUGUCCAUUGUAAAGGAGUGGCCAGGUUAUGGGUCAACCCUCUUUGAUGUUGAGUGCAAGGAGGGUGGAUUCCCCAAUGAUCUCUGGCUUGGCGUCAGCACAGAGAAUGUGUCUGUCUACAAACGAGGGGAUCCUAAACCACUAGAAACUUUCCAGUAUGAGCACAUUGUUUUCUUUGGAGCACCACAGCCCAACACCUUCAAAAUUACAGUGGAUGAGAGAGAAAUGUUCUUUGAAACCUCCCAGGUGGGUGAGAUAAUAAAGAUCAUGAAAGCAUACAUCAACAUGAUCGUGAAGAAACGCUGCAGUGUCAAAUCAGCCACCAGCGUGGACAGUCAUGCAAGCAUCUGGACUAGGUGAUACGGAUGAACUGGCACUAGUUUAGUCAUGGGUAUCUGCAACUUGCCAGCACAAGUGUAGCAAAGAUGUUUUUUAAGAAUUCAACUGACUACUGUAUUUAAAACCUGAAGUGACAUCUACAGUACCAUAGGAUUUGCACCUCUGCCCAAAGACAUUAAACAGUUACAACUGUUGUGAAAUACUAAUGGCCCAAAACUUGUUUUCCCCUUGAUUGUUUGAUGAACAAUGUACCUUAAAGAAGCAAAGUCAGAAGCAUCUUCCUCCUCCGUGUCCUCUCUGCUGCUUUCACUAUCACCUGUCAUACUGGCAGAAAAAUUUACAAGGAUCAUUUCUGCAGGACAGGAGACAGACUUAAGCUUCCUUAAGAAUUUUGAACAUGCAGACAUCUGGGAUCAUGUGAUCACAGCAUGGUCUGCUGAAAGAAUAUUUAUUUAUUUUGCAAACAAAUCUAAAAUAUAAAUCA